CACAAUAUCCACCACAUCAACGUGAGUUUCUCUUCCGCCUCCGCUGUCAGGAUAACAUAAGAUAAGAUAACUCUCUCCCAGCGCCUGUUGCACUCAUGGACUAAUGGAAGAAGGGCUGCAUUCCGACGCUCCCUCUCCAUACGCCUGGAUCACCUCAUGCACGCUGCGUCAAAGGGAGUGAGGACAACGCAGGUUUAAGCAACACCCUAAGAAAAGCUUUUUUUUUAUUUUUGCAUAAAUAAAAAGCUUAACGCAAGCUGGUUUCCACACAGCUGGAGGUGACGUCGCAGUUUCUUAAAGAGAAAACUAAUUCAUACAUUUGGCGGCCUGUCAGUCUGGAUGAGCUCGCGUCGCACUGAACUGAACCAUUUCCCACAAUGCUUAGGGAGGGAAGGAGGGUUCCUGCCGAGGAGGCCAGGAUUACUUUGUUUUUAACUCCCUCCCCCGGCACCUCUCCAUUAUUACGACUGAGUGCGCUUGUUCCUCCCGAUGCUUCCUCGCCGCCUCUCCCUUUGAGCGGAACUUGUUGAAAAAUAUCCAACUAACGUAUUCCCUCCGUUCCCAUCUCGCCUUUCGCCCUGGAAAUAAACACGAGAGCUGCCCGCUGCUGCUUAAUUUCACCACCGGCUCUGGGGAGAGGAUUUCUCCCCCAGCAUCCCAUGGCGUCCCUGCCUGCAUCCUCAGUCCAGGCAUGACCGUCACUGCCAGAAAACACAGUGAUCAGCCUGGUUCCUCCUCUUUCAACAACACCGUCCGCAAGUUGCUUAUUCACUUGAUAGAAAUAAGUCUUACAAAACCAGAUUCAGAGCCGUCUGAUGGCCAACAUUCCAAGUCUGAUGGAAGCUACAACGCUGUAUUGAAUGCCAACAAGAUCUCCAGCCCCAUGCAGAUGGAUGAGGCCGAAAGCCUGCGGUUGAGGAACGUCCCUGAGGACUCUGUGUCGCAGGCUUUCUCUUUGAAUGAGCCCAUCGACCUAGAAGAUUCUCAUUAUGCGGGGCUGAGAGCGCAGCUGGAGGCCGACCAACAGAACCUGGAGGCGCAGUCGUGGGGCGUGUCUGUGGACCAGAGCUACCUGAAGGCCCUGACCAAAGAGGCUGUUAAGAGACAGGAAGUCAUCUAUGAGUUGAUCCAGACGGAGAUGCACCAUGUGCGCACCUUAAAAAUCCUCUUCUAUGUCUACAUCCAUGAGUUGAAGCAGUCUUCGCUGAUAGAGGAGGGCAGGCUCGAGAGGCUCUUCCUUGUGGUGGAACACCUGCUCGCCCUCCAUCAGCACUUCCUCAACUGCCUCAAAGUGCUCAAACACCAAAGUCACGAGGAAGGAAGCCCGCACAACUACCAGAUCACGCAGCUGGGAAAUGUACUCAUCUCUCAGUUUUCAGGUGAGCUGGGAGAAAGAAUGAUGAGUCUUUACAGUGUAUUUUGCAGUAAUCACACUGGAGCCGUCAGCCUCUACAAAGAUCAGCUGCAGAAUAAUAAGAAAAUGCAGAUUCUCAUUAGGAAAAUAGGUCAGCUUCCCCUUGUGCGACGGUUGGGAGUCCCUGAGUGUUUCCUUUUGGUGACUCAACGCAUCACAAAGUACCCCAUCCUGGUGGAGCGAAUCAUACAGAACACCGAAGCCGACACAGACGAGUACGAGUCUCUGGUCCAGGGCCUCGCGCUGAUCAAAGACACCAUCUCGCAGGUGAACGCUCAGGUCAGUGAGUACGAGAAAGCCACUCGCCUGCGAGAGAUCGCUCUUCGCCUGGAGCCGAAAUCUCAGGGACGGAUGAAGGACGGCGUGCUGCUCCGCCGGGAGGACCUGGUCCAGGGAAACAGGACGCUGAUGCACGAAGGCCCCGUCACCUGGAAGUCCUCUGGGAGGCAGAAAGAAAUCCAUGCUGUGCUGCUGUCAGACAUGCUCCUCCUCUUACAAGAGAAGGAUCAGAAGCUGGUGUUUGCUGCUGUGGAGACCAAACCACCAGUGAUCUCCCUUCAGAGGCUGAUCGUUAGGGAGGUGGCUCACAAGGACAAUGCCAUGUACCUUAUUUCUGAAUGCAACACUAGCAUGCCGGAGAUGUACGAGAUCCACACGCGCUCCAGCGAGGAAUGCAUCACAUGGAUGGCGCUGAUACGACAAGCUGUGAACUGCUAUUCAGAAGAGGAGGUGUACCUUAAACUGACUACUACACUGCAACAAUUUGAAGCCAGUCUGAGGAUGAGGGAUCAGCUGAUAAUGCAGAGUCUGACAGAGAAGCAGCAGCUCUUUGCUGCUCUCUAUGAGACAAUCACGGAGCAGGAAACCCCCCACAAAGGACUGCUGCUGCGAGGAGACACCUCUGACCUGCACAAGGGGACAACACUGCUCCGAGGAGCCAUCGAUGAGGUUGAAAACCUGCAGAGCCUGCUCUUCGCAAGGAUUAAAGACCCAAACCUUCUUAUGGAUGAGAGUAAGACGCAGGAGGAACUGCUCUGCAAGGCCGAGACCAUCGGAGUGGCUGAUGAUGAAGAUGCAUCUAGCAGCAAGGACGGUCCCAUCACCAGUGACCCUCAGCUCCAGGAGAGUCCCGGCUCUGACAGCCAGGAACAGUCUGCCGACUACGAAGUACAGAUGUCAAACUGCGAGUUCACCUCCAGUCAUUUUUCUGAGGCAGAGGUGUGGGACAAGGUGAUACUGCUCGCACAGAGGCUGUACAGCUUAGAAGCAGUCAUCGCCCAGCAGGACAGCCAGAUUGAGCUGCUGCACACGUUUCAGACCAAGAGCAAGCAGCCCGCUCGCCAUAACAGCAGCAUGCUGCUGGAGCAGGAGAAGCAGCGCAACUCGGAGAAGGAGAAGGAGCAGCUCGCCAACCUGCACAAGCUGCAGGCCCAGCAUCGAGAGGAGCAGCAGCGCUGGGAGAAGGAGAAGGAGCAGCACAGGACGCAGAUCGAGACUCUCGAGACUCUGCUGCAACAGAGGGAGGAGGACUGCCGACAGUGGGAGGGGAAGCUCGCCGUAGAGAGGGAAGAGUUGGAGGCGCUGAAGAAAGGCUAUCAGGAGGACCUAGAGAGGCUGAGGGAGUCCACAAAAUCAGUGGACCGGGACAAGGAGCGUCUAAAUCAGGAGAGGGAGCGUCUUGAGCAGCUGCAGGAGAAAAUAAAGAAGAUCUACCCGGGAAACUAUGAUGAUCCUGCACAAUUCAGGAUUCUCUCCAGCCACCAGACCUUUAGGGGAAGCACCGUGAACGGAGGUGGGACCUUAACUCCGAAACGCCACUUGUUGCCCACAAAAGAAAUCCCUCCAAAGGUUCCACCACGCAGGCAGAGCAUGCUGGCCAAGGGCGAGCUGCCGAUCCACCUGAUCAGCACCACCAGCAAGGGGCAGAAACUCACGUCUGUGCAGCAGCAGAUCCCCACCAAGCUGGCUGUGCUGUCCAAGGAGAAGGGCCAUAAGAAGAAGUCCCACCAUAGAACGCAGAGUGCAGCCUCUAUAGACGUAAGCCAGGUGCUGCCCAUCCGAGUGACGGGGAAAGAAGGAGGAAGUCUGAGAACCCAAAGCAGCAGCAGCAGCAGCCGUCUCAGAAUCACCCAACCAGGUGCCUUCACCCCACCAGUAUCUGCCCACAGUGUGAAAACAUCUCAGUCCUUCAGCACAAACGGGAGGGACGAGGAUCCGCCACCACCGCCGCCUCCUUUUCCUCCAGAUAUCCUCACUCCGGUCAAAGAGAAGGUAACGUUCCUUUAACCACAGACUUCAGCCUGGAGUUCCGAUGAGGCCUUCACAAAGACUUUUACACUUGGACGGACGGACGGACAUGGGACGUGACCUCAUGACACGCAUCGUGAAGAGGACCGUUCGUAUUUUGAGAUUUUAUCACCAGCUCUUUGUGUUCAGAUUAUAAAUUGGGAAAUACUGAUGGACAUGAUUUAUAGAUGUACAUUUGUCUAAGAGAUUAAAAAAAAAUGUUAAAAGCUGGAACGAAAUGGACAUUGGGGAAGAUGAUAUUUUAAAUGGAGAUGUUAGAAGACCUUCAUUUGCCAAAGUUAUUUUUCUAUAAUUUUAUUUUAAAUGAAAGUAUAUUGUAAGCAUUAGCACUUGUGUCUUACUCUGUUGCAUUCUUUUAAAUGUAAUGAGUGAUGAAUACAGAAUGCUUAAACAGGGAGAGACAAACGUUUUAUUUCAGAAUCGAUCAGAUGAUUUUAUUCUGCUGUGUCUUUUAAUCAAAUAAUCAAUUGAUGGAGUUUCACUUUGGAUAUAAGCUAAAGUUAUAAAUCCUGUCGCCUCUUUUGUUGUCUUGUUGACAGACGACAGUGACAGAAGGUGCUUUCAGUUCAGAUAACAGCUGGAAGAGUUGGAGAAUAGAAGAGAUUUCAGAGUGAAAUGACCUGUGCCAAGGUUUAACAUUCUGUUUAAUGCCCGCUGUCUCUUUUUGGUUCUAUUCAAAGUUUCAUCCAAGUCCCAACCAAUGGGUCUGGGAAUAAAAGCUGGUUGACUUGA